AUGAAUGCUUCCAUUUCGGAGCUUGAAAGCACCUCAAACUCGUUAUCAUUUUCUUUCUCAGCAUCACCGCCGCCGCCACAACCACUAAAACAAUCGUCUUCAACGAAAUUAAAGGGCAAAACGUACUCAAACAACAAGCACCCGGUGUACCGAGGGGUACGGAUGCGGAACUGGGGGAAAUGGGUGUCGGAAAUCAGGGAGCCGCGCAAGAAAUCGCGCAUAUGGCUGGGCACAUUUCCGACACCAGAGAUGGCGGCCAGGGCUCACGACGUGGCCGCACUAAGCAUCAAAGGAAAUUCCGCCAUUCUGAAUUUUCCUGACCUUGAAAACUGCCUUCCUCGCCCGGCAUCCUCGGCGCCUCGCGACGUCCAGGCUGCCGCGGCGAAGGCAGCUCACAUGGACAAGUUUGAGUUAUUAAUACCUUCUUCGUCCCCGUCCUCGUCCUCGUUGACUUUCGAGCUGACGGAGAUUAUUGAGCUUCCGAGGCUCGAAACCGGGGACGAGUACCGGAAGGAGUUUGUGUUUGUGGACUCCGAGGAUGCAUGGAUGUAUCAGCCACCUCCAAUGCCGUGGUUGCUGUACGGACAAGAAGAAGAAGAAGAUGGUACUUCUUUCCGGAGUUUUCUUUCGGAUUACUAA